AUGGCUACAAUUGAGAAGCCAAGCGCUCAUGGCACCGAGCACGUAUCCGAUACCUCGAUAGACCACGCCGUGGCUUACGAGGAGGGCAAGGAGCCUGGCCUAAGCGAGGCUCACAUAUGUUCCGACGCGGACAACAAACGAAUCCUCCGCAAGACCGACAUUUGGAUGCUGUCUCUUCUUUGCAUGGUUUACUUUCUACAAUCGGCUGAUAAGGGGAUCAUCGGAUUGACAGCUGUCUACGGUCUCCAAAAGGACGCGCAUCUCGUCGGGAACGACUACUCAAACAUCGGAAACAUCGGAUACUACGCGCAACUUGGUGUGCAACCGUUGGCCGCAUGGAUCCUCGUCAAACUUCGAUAUCGCCAGGUUCUCCCCGUUAUUAUCACUUGCUGGGGUAUCUCAGUUGCGGGCGGCCUCGGUGGCUCCAGGAGCUACGCCGGGUUGCUCGCAUCGCGAUUCUUCCUUGGUGCAUUUGAGGCCGCGGUCAUUCCCCUGUUUUCGAUGAUCACCAUUGCUUUUUACAGGCGGUCCGAGCAGCCAUUCCGCGUGGCUUGCUGGUACAGCUGCUAUGGCCUCAGUACUCUGAUCAGUGCGCCCAUCGUUUACGGUUUCGGUCGCAUACACUCAUCCUCGCUGUUCCGAUACCAGAUUGUCUACCUCUUCUUUGGGCUCCUGACCAUCGUCAUUGGCCUCAGCACAUACUGGUGGGCCCAGGAUAGUCCUGGGGAGGCUCGAUACUUGUCGCCGGAGGAUCGCUUGAAGGCGGUAGACCGGUUGAAGGCUAACCAGCAGGGUAUCGUCUCGCACAAGUUCAACUGGAAGCAUGUCGUUGAAGCGGUGACUGAACCCAAAUACUGGCUAUAUAUGAUCAUGGUCAUCGCUGUCAAUGCUGGCGCUUCAGUCUCCUCGGUCUUCGGCUCCAUCAUCCUCCAGAACUUGGCUGGGUUCACUCCUGAUGAAGCCGUCUUACUGAAUAUGCCCUUCGGAGCACUUCAGUUUGUCUCCAUCCUCGGUGCGUCGUAUCUGGCAUACCGAUUCAAGCGCAAGUCCCCCUUCUUGCUCGGCCUUGUUACCAUCGUCAUCAUUGGUGUUGCUUUGAUGGUUGCGCUUCCGAAAACCAAGGCCAACAAAGGCGGUCUACUUGUAGGCUACUAUUUGAUUGCCUUCGUGUAUGCAAUCAAUCCUCUGCUCAUCUCCUGGAUGGGCGCGAACUGUGCCGGACAAACCAAGAAGGCCAUCUACUACACGUCCUUUAACGCCGGCAACUCCAUUGGCAACAUCAUCACCCCUUACAUCUUCGAUGCCAAAUUCAAACCGCAAUACGUCAACGCUCUCAAAGGUAUCUUGACAAUUUGGUGCAUCCUCUGGGGUGUCGUUGUCGCUCAAUUUUUCCUCAUUUCCUGGAUGCAGAAGAAGAAGUGCGACCAGCGUGAGGCGGCCGGCUUACCGAGGAACCCGAUUGACUACUCGAUGGAGGGGAAGUUCCAUGAGUCUGGUGCUGAGGUGCACGGCGAGAACGGUCUUCAGGACAUGACAGAUAAGGAGAAUAUCUACUUCCAGUACCUACUAUAG